AUGCGAGACGAUUCUAGCAUCGAUAGCAAAAGAAAGGCGCGCAAGAGAAGACAGGCCUACAACAAAUUAAACUCUGGAAACACUGAAAGCGCACCGAUACCGAACCGAGGACCGAGGAUCAAGUACGACGAAGCUACACGACGAAACCUAAAGGCUCAGGAGUCGGACGCCCAAAGGGCGGAUAAAAAACCAGCCCAGCUUAAACGAACGAAUACUUCCUCAACCCGAAGGAGCGGAGAUUCAAGCUCGUCAGGAUCAGGAUUUGGAGGUUACGAAAAUUGUGGACGGGUUCGAAGGCCAUCUCAAUCAUAUGGAGGCUAUUCUUACAAAGAUUUCGUAGUUUCUGAGAUGAAACCGCGAGAAGGUCGAGAGUCCGAGAAGGAGAUAGAUCGUCAGUGGAGCCCAAAACCAGCUACUGGUGGGUUUAGGGCUCUCUUCAAAAGACUUUAG